CUAAAACUCGCACCUGUCAGGACUCUUGUCUUUAUCAUUAUACAAUGAUCUGUAUUAACUGAAUCAAAGGGGAGGAACUGAUCUUACGAUGCCUCUCGCAGCGCUUCCAACAGAGCUCGUCGAAUCUAUUACAGAACAUCUGGAUCUCGUCUCGCUACGUGCACUUCGCCUUACCAGCUCCUCAAUCAACCAACAAACGCUUCACCACUUUAGGCAACGCUUUCUUCAACAUUUCACCCUCAGAUGGGAUCUUCCCCAUUUUGAAACACUACGGUCGAUCACAGAGCACUCCUACUUUGGCGGUGCACUUCAACGACUCACCGUCGAUGCCACGCCUUAUCACGCGAUCCGGUUAUGGCAGCUAUGGAAGCAGAUUGGUGACUUCAAUUACGUUCAUUCGUCCACAGGCUGCUCCAUUGACGAGGCAUCCGCCUCUGCAGGCAUUUAUCGUGAGUAUAAGAAGACGAAGGAGGACUCGGACGCCACAACUAGAUUUUGGAACGAGACGCAAACUGAUCUCAACAUGCUCACAUCGAUAUUCACGCACUUGGAUCGACUCCAGACCAUCACCUUCGCUUAUGCUGGCAUGGACAAAGGGUACGGUAAAUUCGGGCGUAGAUAUUGCGAAACCAGCCAGAACGAGAUGAGCAGACCAUUCGUGAUCUCCAUGGCCGCCAUUGCAGCAUCUGGACUCACUGUCGAGUCUAUAUCCAUCUCUCCUACACAAGAAUUCGGGGCCGUUAGCAUCGGCCGCUUGGAAACCUUGUCACGAUAUCUUCCCAAAUUCGAUCACGCAUUUGAACAUCUUGGAACACUGAAGAUUAAUCUCCGCGACUGGCGCCACCCAGAAGAGGGCUUCGAACCACCACCAGGGAAGAUACCCUUCAUAGUGAGAUUUUUGGCGAAAUGCAAGUCUGUCCGCGAGCUCGAGCUCUCCUGCUUCAGCAGCCUGGAGGGAGACACUAUUCUGCACGAAAUGGCUCAACACUGUGUUUUCUCCCACCUCCAAUCUUGCCAACUCGGACUCUUCCGCAUUUUCUCCAUUCAGGACCUUUUCGACUUCCUCGCACCCAGCAAGGCUACCUUGGAAAGACUUUCCAUGAGCCAUAUUGUCUUGCGCGACGAAGGUGUGACUUGGGGAGACGUUAUGAGGCGUCUCGCGGACGAGUUCGAACUGAAUUGGGUCACCUUACAGAACCUGUUCACUAGGAAUGGGACCAGAGUUGGCCUCGCAGGGCAGAAGAUGGGCGAAGUUGUGCUCAUCGGUCCAGGAAUGAAAGAUGCAUUGGCAGUCGCUGCAGACGCGCUUGUCGGCGGCAAUUGGGGACCUGUCUGGAUGCUGGCUCCAGUUGCUUAUCCUUUCAUCGGAAUGAGGAUCUGAGUUACCAUGGAUGUGGCAGUUUCGGACUGUUUUAUGGCGUGAAGAAUACUGCUGCAUUGUAACGUCCUUUCAACCCCUGGAAAACCCUACAACCCCUCGCAAAAGACGUAGAGUCCGUCGAUCAUAAUCACUUCUGAAUAGGGACUCUGUGGUAUAUAUUACUGGUUCCCUGGUACCUGCAGUUCUGGUGGGACCUUUUCUCAAUUGAAGGAAGAAGCUUAAUCUGUGCCCGUGGACACGCCUACUAGCAGAUAUCGAAGUGCUAUUCUCCUAUGCAAGCCACCAGUCUGAGAACACCUUCCGAUUAUGGAAGUUUUGUAUUCCGCGGCACCUGGGCAUAUCUUGGCGUGGCUUCUCGGGUCCGUUCCAGUUGAUAUUCGCACAUCGAUCGUGGAGUUUGAUCUUGCAAGGUUGGUGGUUGGGCG